AUGAUGGAAUUACCGAGACUUUCUCGUGCUAUGCGAGUCAACACUGAUUUGGACAUUCCCCGGAACCUCGUGCCUGAUGCUAAGGAGCAAGCAGCACUGCAAUUAUUUCGCAAAAAAGAAGUUACAAGCGGUGUAUCAUGGAAGGAGUUGAAGUUGUUCAUUAACAGCAACAUGGAUAAAAAGCUGAGCGGUAUCCUUGGUAAGCAAUUGCGAGACUUGUGGGAAAUGAGCCGCGAGAUGGUUGGAUCGGAAGAAAAUACAGAACUGGUCGACGAGACAGCCAUACUGGUGUUGCGGUUAUUUCUCGAUCAGAAAAUUGUAAUGAUGAAGCACUCGUCAAAACUAAAGAAAAUGUUCGGCCAGGUACCAAAUGCUCUGAUCAACAAGCUCUGUACGCAAGUGUUUGAAAUCAGCCAAAACUUGAAUAAUGAUUGCCGGGAUUUCCUAGAAGAGAAGGAAAUCAAAGACAAUGGGCAAGAGGAAGAGAUGUGGGGUGACCAUAUACAGUGCCAUUUGGUGUUGGACAGAAAAAAGGUUGACCACAGCAAGCUGACGGAUCUCACUCCACCGAAUCCUUUGGACAACCAGGUGGCCCAGACGUUUUCGAUGAACUAUGAUGCCAUUCCAAAGACGGUCGAACCCGUGGCGGGUUGUUCUAGGACUAUGUCUGCUGCACAGCCGCAGGAAAAGUACACUCGAGCCUGGCUAACUCAGCAAAUCCCGCCCGAUCUGGUGGACAAUCUUAUAGAGCUGCUGAAAUCUGCUAAAACAAACGACGAGCUGCAAAUGGACCUGUUUGAUUUCCUCGGUAUGGAGUAUUUGGAUGUGAUUCCUGAGAUAUUGCAGAACCGCAAGCAUCUGCUUGAAUCGGUAAAAUCCCUCAAGCAAAUCAAAGUGAUGAAGAAGAUACAGCAAAAGCUAGAAUCUAUGCAACACGCACCCUCAUAUCUGAUGCCAGUGACGAUACAAACAGAAUCGCAGAAACAGCUGCGCAAGCAGGUGAACAAAGAACAGAAAAAGCUGAAGAAGUUCCUCAAUGAUCCUGCGGUAGAGAAGGGCGAUUGUAAAGAGAUAGAUCCGAUUCAAUUACGGCAACACUAUCAGAAGAGCUUGUUGCUGGCGUCUCAGAUGGCGCCAAUGUUGUUGGCGAAGGCGAAAGCCACGGGUCUCCCGGUGCCGAAAGCGUCAGUGAAACAGGUAAAAUAUCCGUAUGUGUAUGACUCGAACAGCGAAGCACGUAAUCACGUAGGCUUUAUUGCGGGCAAUAAACUAGUGCUUCCGGAAAACGUGGAACGUUCUGAUAACAAACUGUUCGAAGAGGUGAAAAUUCCUGCCACAGAUCCACCGCCAUUGUCGAUUGGUAGCAACAGGAUCAAGAUAAGUUCGUUGGACGAGAUCGGAAAAAUCGCAUUUAAAGGUUGCGAAGAGCUCAAUCGCAUCCAAAGCGUUGUAUAUCCUGCGGCGUACAACAGCAACGAAAAUUUGCUUGUGUGCGCCCCUACCGGGGCCGGAAAGACCAACGUGGCCAUGCUAGCGAUCGUGCAUGCUAUACGGCAGUUCGUGGAUCAAGGUGUGAUUCAUCGCGAUAAAUUUAAGAUCGUUUACGUGGCUCCGAUGAAAGCACUCGCGGCCGAAAUGACCAGUAACUUCGGUCGACGGUUGCAACCACUUGGAAUUGCUGUGCGGGAGCUGACAGGAGACAUGCAGUUGACAAAAGCGGAACUGCAACAGACUCAAAUGAUAGUUACUACUCCCGAAAAAUGGGACGUAGUAACACGCAAGGGUGCCGGAGAUGUGGCUUUCAUCAGUCUCGUGAAACUGCUCAUCAUCGACGAGGUACACCUGUUACAUGGCGAGCGAGGACCUGUUGUGGAAGCGCUCGUUGCCCGUACCCUGCGACUAGUAGAGUCCUCCCAGAGCAUGAUCCGCAUCGUUGGUCUGUCUGCAACGCUGCCGAAUUAUAUCGAUGUUGCUCGGUUCUUGCGCGUAAAUCCAAUGAUAGGCUUGUUUUUCUUCGAUUCGCGCUUUCGUCCUGUUCCACUUAGCACAAACUUUAUCGGUGUGAAAUCAUUGAACGCCCUGAAACAGCUGUCGGACAUGGAUACUAUCUGUUACGAGCGAUGCAUCGACAUGGUACGGCAAGGCCACCAAGUGAUGGUUUUUGUGCACGCCCGAAAUGCUACCGUGCGCACGGCUACUCUGAUCAAAGACCUCGCGCAGCAAAGGGGCCACAUUAACUUGCUCAUACCGGACAGCAAUCCCGAGUACGGAAGCGCCAUAAAGGUGGUGUCGAAGAGUCGCAACAAGCAGCUGGUAGAUCUGUUUCAGAACGGCCUGGCAAUGCAUCAUGCGGGAAUGUUGCGCCAGGAUCGGAAUCUGGUAGAAAAAUAUUUUGCAGACGGUUUGAUAAAGGUGCUGGUCUGCACGGCGACAUUGGCAUGGGGAGUUAAUUUACCGGCCCAUGCGGUCAUCAUUAAAGGAACGGAGAUUUACGAUUCGAAGCACGGAACGUUCGUGGACUUGGGUAUUCUAGAUGUGCUGCAAAUCUUUGGCCGCGCAGGACGACCGCAAUACGAUAAGAGUGGUGUCGGAACUAUCAUCACGACACACGACAAACUCAACCACUAUCUGUCGCUGUUGACGAACCAGUUCCCGAUAGAAUCGAACUUUAUCCAGUGCCUGGUGGAUAAUCUCAAUGCUGAGGUAACCUUGGGCACCAUCAGCAACGUGGACGAGGCAAUCGUGUGGCUGAGCUACACGUACCUUUUCGUGCGAAUGAGGAUGAACCCGCAAUGCUACGGGCUGAAUUAUGACGACCUGCGGAAUGAUCCUGCGCUUGAGAUUAAGCGUCGGCAGCUAAUUCACACUGCCGCCAUGGCUCUGGACAAGGCACGAAUGUUACGAUACAACGAGCGCACAGGUGAUUUGAACGUGACAGAUCUCGGUCGAACGGCGUCACAUUUCUACAUCAAGUAUGACACGGUGGAAGUGUUCAACGAGUUGCUGAAGCCGAUUAUGAACGAUGCCGACAUUCUGCAGAUGAUGGCCAAUGCUCACGAGUUUCAGCAACUAAAAGUGCGCGACGACGAGAUGGACGAAUUGGACGAGCUCACGCAUGUUUGCUGCGAGGUGCCGGUCCGUGGUGGCAGCGAGAACAUCCAUGGCAAGGUGAACAUUCUCAUGCAGACGUAUUUAUCGAAAGGGUUCGUUCGAUCGUUUUCUCUCAUGUCUGACAUGUCCUACAUCACACAAAAUGCGGUACGCAUCGCGCGAGCGCUUUUCACUAUCGUGCUAAGGGCGAACAAUCCCAUUCUAGCGGGACGCAUGCUUAACGUAAGCAAGAUGUUCGAAAAGCAAAUGUGGGAGUUCCAAACACCAAUGUAUCAGUUCGGUAUCAUCCCUCUCGACGUCGUGGAAAAGAUCGAAAAGCGUGGCCUUAGUGUGCUUGCGUUGCGCGAUAUGGAAGAAAAGGAGAUUGGAGACUUCUUGCGCAACCAUCGGUACGCCAAAAUUGUGAAACGUUGUGCUGAGGAAUUUCCGUUGCUCGAAAUUGAAGCGACUCUGCAGCCCAUCACUCGAACGGUUCUGCGGAUAAGAGUAUUUAUUCAGGCGUCAUUCCGAUGGAACGAUCGGGUGCACGGGAAGACGGCCGAAUCUUUCUGGAUAUGGAUUGAGGAUCCCGAGAGCAACUAUAUCUACCACUCGGAGUACUUCCAGAUGACGAAGCGGCAGGCGAUCCGCCAAGAGGAACAGGAACUGAUAAUGACCAUACCUUUGAAGGAUCCUUUGCCUCCCCAGUAUUAUAUACGAGUAGCCAGCGACACCUGGCUAGGUAGCAACAAUUUGGUGCCACUUUCAUUCAAACAUCUCAUUCUCCCGGAAGUUCAUCCACCUCAUACCGAGCUCUUACCUCUGCAACCACUUCCGGUGACCGUGUUGAACAACAGAAUGUAUGAAUCGUUGUAUAAGUUCACCCACUACAAUCCCAUUCAGUCGCAGAUUUUUCACUGUUUAUACCACACGGACAACAAUGUACUGCUGGGGGCACCAACCGGAUCCGGUAAAACGAUUGCUGCCGAAAUGGCAAUGUUCCGUGUGUUUCGGUUUCUGCCAGCCGGUAAAGUGGUGUACAUUGCUCCCCUGAAGGCGCUUGUAAAGGAACGAAUGGACGACUGGAAGGUACGAAUUGAGCAGAAGUUAGACAAGAAAGUGGUCGAACUGACUGGCGAUGUGACGCCAGACAUUCGCGCGAUCAAAGAAUCGUCCGUGAUUGUGACUACGCCCGAGAAAUGGGACGGUAUCAGUCGAUCGUGGCAAACUCGCGAUUACGUGCGUGAUGUAGCGCUGAUCGUGAUUGAUGAAAUCCAUUUGUUGGGUGAAGAUCGUGGUCCAGUGUUGGAGGUGAUCGUCUCGCGAAUGAACUACAUUUCAUCGCACACAGAGAGAACGGUUCGCAUCGUGGGGCUCUCUACGGCACUUGCAAACGCGCGUGAUUUGGCAAAUUGGCUGGCGAUAGAUACGAUGGGAUUAUACAACUUUAAGCCGUCGGUCCGACCAGUUCCCCUGUCCGUACAUAUACAGGGCUUCCCAGGUAAACAUUACUGUCCGCGCAUGGCCACUAUGAACCGACCGGCGUUCCAGGCUAUCCGACAGUAUUCUCCCUGCACCCCAGCGCUUAUCUUUGUAGCGUCUCGAAGACAAACGCGACUCACAGCGCUAGAUUUGAUCGCAUUCCUGGCGGGAGAGGACAAUCCCAAACAGUUCUUGCACACGUCGGAAGAAGAUAUGGAACAGAUCCUGAUGAACGUACGAGACAGCAAUCUGCGGCUUACACUAGCGUUUGGUAUUGGCAUGCAUCAUGCUGGAUUACAGGAACGAGAUAGGAAAACUGCAGAGGAGCUUUUUUUGAACAGAAAAAUACAGAUCCUCAUAGCUACGGCCACGCUGGCGUGGGGAGUAAACCUUCCGGCACAUCUGGUAAUCAUCAAGGGAACAGAAUACUAUGAUGGCAAGCUAAAACGGUACGUAGAUAUGCCCAUCACGGAUGUUCUGCAGAUGAUGGGUCGAGCUGGACGACCGCAGUUCGGCAACGAGGGCAUAGCCUGCGUUUACGUGCAAGACACAAAAAAGAAUUUCUACAAAAAGUUCCUCUACGAUCCGUUUCCGGUUGAGUCAAGUCUUCUAGCCGUGUUGCCGGAUCACGUGAAUGCUGAGAUCGUUUCGGGUACUUUGCGGACGAAGCAAAGCAUCCUCGACUAUCUUACGUGGACGUAUUUCUACCGCCGAUUGUUGCGCAAUCCUACGUACUACGGAUUAGAGAGUACGGAAAUGGAGCACAUUAACUGUUUCCUGUCCGAGCUGAUCGAAAGUGUGCUCGAUAAGCUCAUACGAGCCGGUUGUGUGAUAAUGGAAGAAGAUAAUCGAUCAGUAACGGCUACAUCUAUGGGUCGUAUUUCUUCAUACUACUACCUGUCACACAUCACGAUGCGCCACUUUGCUGAUACCCUUCGCCACGAUAUGAACAUGGAGGAGUUGUUGCGAGCGAUGGCUGACGCCGCAGAAUUUGAAGAACAUCCCGUUCGUCAUAAUGAAGAUUUAUACAACGCCGAUCUAGCCAAAUUAUGUCCUCUUAAGGUUGAUUCCUUGUCAGUUGACAACCCACACACCAAAGUGUUUUUGCUUUUGCAAGCGCACCUAUCGCGAGUGCCCUUACCAAAUUCAGACUAUGGUACGGAUACUAAAUCAGUGCUUGAUCAAUCAAUACGUAUACUACAAGCCAUGGUUGAUAUCAGUGCCGAAAGAGGAUGGCUAGCAACGACAUUGCAGAUUCAACAGCUAAUGCAAUGCAUAAUACAGGCGCGUUGGCUAAACGACCCCAUUGUCUUGACGUUACCCAACGUGGAAGCAUAUAAUGCAGAUAUCUUCAAUAAAUUAAAUACAGGCUUACCAUUCCUAACACUUCCUGGAUUAAAAGAUAAAUUCCACCGAAAGUAUGAAAAUUUGGCAGGCCCGUUACGGCAGGAGUUUAAAGAACCGGAAAUUGAACAAAUUUACAAGGUGAUAAGUGAGCUGCCCUCAAUCAACGUGCAGAUGUCGAUUCGCGGUCCUCAUGACACCAACAAAGAUGUUGAUCGACCUGUGCAACAACCUAUGACCCGCGAUCAGUGGAUGGAGCUUUAUGCGGAUCAAGAAUACGUGGUUUGUGUGCAACUCAUAAGACUUGGAUCACUUGAAUCCCUCAACGUCCAUUGCCCCAAGUUUCCAAAGGGCAAAGAUGAAGGGUGGUUCCUAACGUUAGGUCAUCAGGAUGAGGGUGAAGUGAUAGCCUUGAAACGUUGCGUUUACCGAAGCAAUCGAAGCACCCAUCAAUUGUGCUUUUAUGCACCAUCACGGAUUGGACGUUGCAUAUACACCGUGUACCUGAUGUCCGAUGGCUACCUAGGAUUGGAUCAACAAUAUAACAUACAAUUCGACGUUGUUCCUUCUCCGGACAGUAUCGAGAGUGGAGUUCGGCAAGCGUUUAAAAAGGAUGAAGGAUUUUGGUAG